GAGUGGGACGCCACCAUGGGCAAUUGCUUCAGCAGCCCGAAGCGGAAGCUGUCGAAGGACAUCGGGGAUGUUGUGAUUAUUGGGGACCCGCCAAUUCAGGCUAAUCCCGCCCCUGUACCCGUUCCGGGUGAUCCGAUCAGGGCAGUGCCGCCGCCACUACCGGACACCGAGCCCAGCACAUCCAAUGCGAAGAUCUUCGUGGCCCUGUAUGACUACGAUGCGCGCACUGACGAGGACCUGAGCUUCCGGAAGGGCGAGCACCUCGAGAUACUCAAUGACACGCAGGGCGACUGGUGGCUGGCACGCAGCAAAAAGACAAGACAGGAAGGAUAUAUUCCAUCGAAUUAUGUUGCAAAACUCAAAUCAAUUGAAGCUGAACCAUGGUAUUUUAGAAAAAUAAAACGCAUAGAAGCUGAGAAGAAACUACUACUUCCCGAAAAUGAGCAUGGAGCUUUUCUCAUACGUGAUUCUGAGAGUCGCCAAAAUGACUAUUCACUGUCUGUUCGUGAUGGAGACACAGUGAAACACUAUCGAAUCCGUCAAUUGGAUGAAGGUGGCUUCUUCAUAGCGCGACGCACAACUUUCCGAACACUUCAGGAGCUGGUGGAACACUAUUCUAAGGAUUCAGAUGGAUUGUGUGUAAAUUUAUGUAAACCAUGUGUACAGUCAGUCGUUUUGGGUCUUUUUGAGAUUGAGAAGCCUGUAACUGAGGGCUUGUCACAUCGGACACGCGAUCAGUGGGAGAUUGAUAGAAGCUCUCUCAAGUUUGUCCGGAAAUUGGGAUCUGGACAAUUUGGUGACGUGUGGGAGGGUUUGUGGAAUAACACAACACCGGUGGCGAUUAAGACGCUCAAAUCUGGCACGAUGGAUCCUAAGGAUUUCCUGGCGGAGGCGCAGAUCAUGAAGAAACUGCGUCACGCGAAGCUGAUCCAAUUGUAUGCUGUCUGCACAAUGGAGGAGCCCAUCUACAUCAUCACGGAGCUCAUGAAGCACGGCUCGUUGCUUGACUAUCUGCAGAACAAGGGGCGCAACCUGAAAUUGCCACAGCUGAUUGACAUGGCGGGUCAGAUUGCGGCUGGAAUGGCGUAUCUGGAGUCCCAGAACUACAUCCAUCGUGACCUAGCGGCCAGGAAUGUCCUCGUUGGGGACAAUAAUAUAGUUAAAAUUGCCGACUUUGGAUUAGCAAGAUUAAUAAAAGAGAAUGAGUAUGAGGCAAAGGUUGGAGCUCGUUUUCCAAUUAAGUGGACUGCACCUGAAGCUGCCAAUUACAGUAAAUUUUCCAUUAAAUCCGAUGUGUGGAGUUUUGGAAUUCUCCUCACUGAACUGGUGACAUGUGGCAGAAUUCCAUAUCCAGGCAUGACAAACGCAGAAGUAUUAAGCCAAGUGGAGCACGGCUACAGAAUGCCAAUGCCGCCCAAUUGCAUUAAGCCGCUGUACGAGAUCAUGCUGGAGUGCUGGCACAAGGACCCAAUGCGGCGCCCCACCUUCGAGACGCUCCAGUGGAAGCUCGAGGACUUCUUCACGAUGGACCAAAGCGACUACAAGGAGGCGCAGGCCUACUGAUC